AUGCCCCCAAUAAUAACUACUUUGCAACCGAUCCUGGCCCCCUACGAGGGCAAGCCACUUUUGACACCCAAAGAGGCCAACAUGCUCACAUACCAUCUGAUUGAGCGGCUGAUGGAACAUUCGUGUGACAAAUCCGUGCUCAAGCUCCUGGCCAGGUACUUAUCAAAACAAACGUACGAGGAACUGGUAACCGAGAGAAUCAUCAACCAUUACUGCGGAUAUCCGCUGUGCGACUUCCGAGAUCCAGGCAGAAUCAAAGAAGUCCAGGUGAACCAGCUGGUUUCGAAACUCAAAUUGCCCAAAUCGUACAACCACAAGUAUUGCUGCAAGAAACACUAUCAGUGUUCGGAGUUUUACAAGCAGCAAUUGACCACAGACGCAUUGUUUUCACGCACAAAACUCGAUCUGCCCCAGUUUCAUCCAAAGGCCCCGGAAUCCAGCAUAAUUCUACUGGACGAUAUCUUUGAUCCCGUCGGAACGUCCAACCCAGACGAUAUUAUGUUGCUGUUGCGCGAAAUGAGCAUCAGCGACCCCCAAUUGGAAACAGACGAGCUGAUCGACAAGUUCAGCAACAUCGUCAUCCAUGAAAAGAACAUUGAGUAA